UGGCAAGUCAACUCCCUUUGCUUUCCCGUGGCACUGGGUUAUCAGCCACACUGGGAACAAAUUGUCCUUGAUUUACCCGGAAUUAUAUUUGGGAUCAUAUGACUCCCAUUUGUUACACAACAGCUCUCAGGUGAUGGGGUCACAGGUGCCUCUCCCAGAUCCCAGCACUUCUGGAACAGCUGGCUGACCUUGCCCAGACUUCCAAAGUCUCCCAAAGGAGCAGAAAUCAUGGAGCUCUUCCCCUACCUCAUCCUUGCUUGGGUUUUGGGAAUGUGGAGCAUUUUCCAAGCAUAUUUUGGAAAAGUUGGAUUUGUGGCGUGGGUGAUGGGACUGGAGCUUUCUCAGGAAUAUUCCUGUGUCAUGCAAGGAGGAGCUAACCAGGUAUUCCAGAGGAAUUUGCUUUGACCUAGCUGGAAGAACCCGACAUUUUAUGAUUUUUUGGGAUAUUGCCGAGGUCUGUAUGUGCUUCCUAAAUCACUUCCAACCUGGCCUUGGACACUUCCAGGUUUAUCUGGAUCGUGAGUUGGGCAACCCUGAGCCUCAGCGUGGCUGUUGCGGCAUUCCCGGUGUAAUAUCCUUGGGAUGUUCCACCUGGAUGAGAGGUAGAAGAGCUUGGAGUGAAUAGGACAGCGCAGAAAUCUGGGAGGAUGGAUACGCUGAGGAACCGGACAGUGGAGGAGCUCCGGGAGCUGCAGGAGGAUUCCCAGGAGAUCGAGCGCUUGGCUUUGGAAUCCCAGGAGGUUCAGGAGCUCCAGCUGGAAAGGGAGAUGGCCCUGGCUGCCAACCGGAGCUUGGCUGAGCAGAACCUGAAAUUCCAGGCGCCGCUGGAGACGGGACGCAGCGACCUCUCCAAGAAAUACCAGGAGCUGCAGGAGCUGGCUGGGAGGUGCAGGGAGCAGAAGGAAAAGCUGGAGAAAUUCUCGGCAGCGCUGCAGCCUCAGACUUUGCUGGAUCUCCUCCAGGUGGAAAGCCAGAAGAUUGAAGAGGAAUCUGAGAAAAUGGCUGAGAAAUUCCUGGAGGGCGAGGUGCCCCUGGAGACAUUCCUGGAGCAGUUUUCCGGGAUGAGGAAGUUGUCCCACCUGCGCCGGGUCCGAGUGGAAAAGCUGCAGGAGAUCGUGAGGAAGUCGGAGGGAUCCCAGGAGCGCACCAGGGACUCUCAGCCUCCUCCUCCUCCUCCUCACGUUCCCACGGAUCCACCAAAACCCUUCCCAUCAGGAUCUCCGGCCUUCCCUCUGCCCUACAGCCCGGCUCCGACCCUUCCGCCCGGCCCCACUGCCCACGGAGCGCUUCCUCCUGCCCCUUUCCCGGGAUCUCCGGUCACUGUGGGACACGUGGCUUCCUCCCAGCCCAGCUCCCAGUCCAGCUUUCCCUACCCGCUUGCUCCAGCUUCUGGAUAUCCGGCGGCUUCCGCUGCCGACUCUGCGCCAGGGUAUCCCAAAUCCACCUCGGGAGGCUUUUCCUGGUCUCCAUCCCGGGGCCCACCACAGCCCUUGCCCUAUCCCGCUCCCCAUCCCUCUCCUCCCCCUGCCAGACCAGGAUACUCUCCCUACAUCCCACCUGGACCAGUGAGACCUCAGUGUCCAUACCCCACUCAGCCCCCUCUCCCAAAUUUCCCGAUCCCAACGCAGGCUCCCUAUCCUGGGCCUCCCCCACCCUUUGGAUACCCCCCACCUCCGAACCCUCAGCAUCCUACCUGGCCUGGAUACUAAUCCAGGACUUCCGGGGAGCAUCCUGUGCUGAUUCCUCCUUCUUUUGGGAACUGAGGAAGAGGAGGGAUUUCCAGAGUGUUGCUCCUGGAUCCGUUGGUGCAGAGGAAUUACACAGGAGAAGUCACGGCUCCGGAGGUCGGAGCGAGAGGCAGAGCCAGACUGGCAGAAAUCUGGAGAGCAGAAACCUCCAGGGAAACCUUGGAGCACCUUCCAGUGCCUAGAGGGGCUCCAAAAGAACUGGACAAGGAUUUGGAAAAAGACUUGGAGUGAUGGGAUAAUGGGGAGUGGCUUCAUGCUGUCAAAGGGUGGGUUUAGAUGGGAUUUUGGGAAGAAAUUCUUCCCUGUGAUGGUGGUGAGGCCCUGGAAUGGAUUUCCCAGGGAAGUCAUGUCAGCUUCAUCCCCGGAAAUGUCCAAGGCCAGGUUGGACAGGGCUUGGAGCAAGUGGAAAGGGAUUGGAAGUGGCUGAUCCCUGAGAUCCCUUUUCACCCAAACCAUUCCAGGGCUGUCAGUGGGAGUUGGUGAUUCCCACCCGGGCCUGGGCAGCCUCCAGUAUUCCCGACCUCCUGUGUGGUUUUUCGGGCUCCUCACAUCUCCCUUCUCAGGAAACACUUGGAAACACUUGGAGGGACUUGGAACGAUGGAAACGGGAUUUGCUUUGCUCAGCACUUUAUCCUUCAAAUCCUGCCUGUAUCCCUUUAAGUUAUUUAUAAGGAACGGUUACUAAUGGACUAGGAUGAGGGAAUGAUGGAAGCAAUUCCAUCCCUGGGAUUAAUUAGAGUAAUAAAACUGGAUGAAUUAAUUGCA